UGAGAGCACCUCUGCCAGCCAAGCCGGAGCUGGAGCCGCGCAUUGUUCUGGUGGCUGCUGCCUGCACCCUCCGGCGUUUGGGUCCGCCCCUCGCUUUUCAGCUCCCUCCUCCCGUCCAUCCCCUGUAUCUGGGCCUGCAUUCCCUUUCCCAAACGCUUCGUCCUAGAUCCUGUCCUUCCCUCUCCCAAAUUACUGGCCAGCGCCCUUGCCUGGUACCCUGCUCUCCAUCCCUCCCUCCUGCAUCUUCUUCCCCCUGACCUCCUCUCGGGUCCCCUUUUUCCCAAGGUCCGGGGCGCUCCGCUCCGCUAGGUCCCGCCCCUCCAGGCCAGGGAUGCCCUCUGCAGCCCCGCGCCCAUGGUCCUGACGCUGCUCCUCUCCGCCUACAAGCUGUGCCGAUUCUUCGCCAUGUCAGGCCCACAGUCGGGCGCCGACCGGCUGGUGGUGCCGGGGCCGGACGGGAGCGGCAGCGCGGGGCCAUGGUGGGUCGCAGGCGGCCGCGGGCCGCGCGAGGUGUCGCCUGGGGUGGGCACCGAGGUGCAGGGCGCCCUGGAGCGUGCGCUGCCCGAGCUGCAGCAGGCGCUGACGGCGCUGAAGCUGGCGGGUAGUGCGCGGGCUGUCGGCGUCGGCUUGGCGGAGGUCUUCCAUCUGGUAGAGGAGGCCUGGCAGCUGCCGGCCGUGGGCCGCGAGGUAGCCCAGGGUCUGUGCGACGCCAUCCGCCUGGACGGCGGCCUCGACCUGCUGCUGCGGCUGCUGCAGGCGACGGAGCUGGAGACGCGCGUGCAGGCCGCACGCCUGCUGGAGCAGAUCCUGGUGGCUGAGAAUCGGGACCGCGUGGCGCGCAUCGGGCUGGGCGUCAUCCUGAACCUGGCAAAGGAACGCGAGCCGGUGGAGCUGGCUCGGAGUGUGGCCGGCAUCUUGGAGCACAUGUUCAAGCACUCGGAGGAGACGUGCCAGCGGCUGGUGGCGGCCGGCGGCCUGGAUGCGGUGCUGUACUGGUGCCGCCGCACAGACACGGCGCUACUCCGCCACUGCGCGCUGGCGCUGGGCAACUGCGCCCUGCACGGGGGCCAGGCGGCGCAGCGCCGCAUGGUGGAGAAGCGCGCCGCCGAGUGGCUCUUCCCUCUCGCCUUCUCCAAAGAGGACGAGCUGCUGCGGCUGCACGCCUGCCUCGCGGUGGCGGUGCUGGCGACCAACAAGGAGGUGGAGCGCGAGGUGGAGCGCUCCGGCACGCUGGAGCUCGUGGAGCCGCUCGUGGCCUCCCUGGACCCCGGCCGCUUCGCCCGCUGCCUGGUGGACGCCAGCGACACCAGCCAGGGCCGCGGGCCCGACGACCUGCAGCGCCUCGUGCCGCUGCUCGACUCCUCGCGUUUGGAGGCCCAGUGCAUCGGGGCGUUCUAUCUGUGCGCGGAAGCUGCCAUCAAGAGUCUGCAGGGCAAGACCAAGGUAUUCAGUGACAUCGGUGCCACCCAGAGCCUGAAACGCCUGGUUUCCUACUCCACCAAUGGCACCACCUCAGCGCUGGCCAAGCGUGCGCUGCGCCUGCUGGGCGAGGAGGUGCCGAGGCCCAUCCUGCCCUGCGUGCCCAGCUGGAAGGAGGCCGAGGUCCAGACGUGGCUGCAGCAGAUCGGCUUCUCCCAGUACUGCGAACGCUUCCGGGAGCAGCAGGUAGAUGGGGACUUGCUUCUGCGGCUCACGGAAGAGGAGCUCCAGACGGACCUGGGCAUGAUAUCCAGCAUCACCCGCAAGAGAUUCUUUAGGGAACUCAGGGAGCUCAAGACCUUCGCCAACUACGCUACGUGUGACCGCAGCAACCUGGCUGACUGGCUGGGCAGCCUGGACCCGCGCUUCCGCCAGUACACGUACGGCCUGGUCAGCUGCGGCCUGGACCGCUCCCUGCUGCACCGCGUGUCCGAGCAGCAGCUGCUAGAGGACUGCGGCAUCCGCCUGGGCGUGCACCGCAUGCGCAUCCUCAUGGCCGCCAGAGAAAUGCUACACUCCCCUCUGCCCUGCACUGCCUGCAAGCCGAGUGGGGACAUUCCGGAUGUCUUCAUCAGCUACCGCCGGAGCUCAGGCUCCCAGCUGGCCAGCCUCCUGAAGGUGCACCUGCAGCUGCAUGGCUUCAAUGUCUUCAUUGAUGUGGAGAAACUGGAAGCCGGCAAGUUUGAGGACAAGCUCAUCCAGAGUGUCAUGGGUGCCCGCAACUUUGUGCUGGUGCUGUCAGCCGGGGCCCUGGACAAGUGCAUGCAGGACCAUGACUGCAAGGACUGGGUGCACAAGGAGAUCGUGACGGCUUUGAGCUGUGGCAAGAACAUUGUGCCCGUCAUCGAUGGCUUCGAGUGGCCAGAACCGCAGGCCCUGCCCGAGGACAUGCAGGCCGUGCUCAGCUUCAACGGCAUCAAGUGGUCCCACGAGUACCAGGAGGCCACCAUUGAGAAGAUCAUCCGCUUCCUGCAGGGCCGCUCCUCCCGGGACUCGUCUGCAGGCUCUGACACCAGUUUGGAGGGUGUUACACCCAUGGGCCCAACUUAACCAGUCCCUAGUCCCCACGUCCUGCUGUGACCCCCAUUUCCAUGGUCUCCCUGGAAGGAGCAGCUCCGCACACCGGCCUCCCUGGGCUGAGACAGCCUGGGCCCUUCUCAGGAAAUGGCUCUCCCUCUCCCAGACCCCCAUGGGCCACCUCAAACCCAGCUUCCUCAGUAUCCAGAAGGGGAAGCGAGGCAUUGGGUAAGGGUUAGACCACCCUUAAGCCCUGCCACCAGGUUCUCUGUCUCAGGUGUGGGAGGGUCACAGAUCAGUUCUGGAGACACUGAAGAGCGAGGGUUUGCUGCACACAACCCCCUCUCCUGCCCUGACAUCAGCCAGCUUGAGUAGGGGAUGUCAGGCAGCCUCUGACAGGAAUUAAGGCAAUGCCCAGCCCUCCCAGCCCAGCGGCCUGGGCCUGGGAACCAGCAGGGAUAAAGUCCACUGGUGGCUCUCCACCUACACUGUGCUGGUCCCCAGGUUCACCACUUCCUGCCACCCUGUGGCCUUGCCCUGAAAUCACUCAGUGUCCUUAGCUGACCUGGUCUGGUCCCAAGUCCCCUCCUAGCCUCCCUGAGGCACAGCCUCUCUCACCACAUCCUGGGUCUGGAUUGGGCUGAGCCAGCCCCUCCUCUGGCUGCUUUGCAGCUACGGCUGGGUUUGAAGCACUCACAGGUCAUGGCACUCCCUGCUCGGGCCUGGGCAGGGGCGGCCAUGUCUCAAAGGGCUGCCAGCCACCCUCCCAUGCCUUGGUGCUGUGCCUCAGGCUCCUGCCCACCCUGGCUCAGCUGGCCUCCCCAGCCCCUCCCAGCAGUAGCCUGGGCAGAGCCUGCAGCUCCUUAGGAGGAGGCAGUGUCCUGAGGAAGGGCAGGGGGUACAUUCAAACCACCUGGGAAUUUUGUUACAAUUCCAUUCAGGUGACCUGGGGUGGGGCCUGGACUUCUGCAUUUUUUGAUUCCCAGGUGAGCCCAUGAUGGUGGUCAAGAAAUGACACUUUAAGUAGCCAGGCUCUGAAAUACAAACCCCUCACCCCCCUUUACCAGCUCCCCGGCACCCUGCUCCAUGGUCUCCGCAAUCAUCAGAGCCAUUUUACGUUACCCGGUGUUAUCUCUGUUUUACAGAGGAGUCAGAUGAUGUACCAUUUUCUAAGCCAUGAGUGGCAGCCCAGGUGCCAGCCCAGUGGCAGACCUGGCCUCCUGGUGCUCAGCCCACUGCUGGUGGCACUGCCCUCCGGAGAAUCAUGCUGGAGGCUGAGACCCGGCUGGGCUGCCGCUCCACAGACAGCUGGCUUCUUCCUCGCCCCAAAGAAUCUAGAAGUGGGGAUAGGUUUUUUGACCGAGGGGCUCUAUGGAAAUAAAUGAGCAGGAACACCUCUCUGCCCCUUCCUCCAGGAGGGUAGGAAGGCUCCAGCUAACCAGGCCUGCCUCUUCCCUCUUGAGUAGCGUGUUCGCACCUCAAGUCUGGCUCAGCUCCCAGAGUGCCUCCUGCAGGUGCUGGCCAGGCCACUCUUAGCUCUUGAGCCACAUGGUCAGGAAGUCAAAGGUCUCACUCCUCCCUCGGUACUUCUCCCACUCCCCUCCCUGCCAAAGACACUGUUUAGCUGGCCCUAGCCCCAACUCUGGCUUUGACAGCACUUCCUCGUUCAUGCCAACAGGGGGCCCACCGCUGCCGGGCCCUGGCUCUGAUGGUGACUAAGGCAGAUUAGACAUUGCGCUCACAGAGCAGAGACAGUAACAAUACAGUGUGGGGAAUACCCUCCAGGAGCUUUCUGUCUUUUUGUCCCAAUCCCACUUCCUCCUGAGGUCCCCCAUGGACAGUGCUCAGAGAGGUUUCCAGCCCUGUUUUUUCUGUUUGGCACACCCUCCAGUGCUGCCCCUCCUGUCUCUCUGGGGAAUCAGAGCUCAGCCUCCCCACCCCCCAAACCCGCCAGCAGCUGAAGUGAUGACCCUCCCCCGAGCCAGGCCUGUGUGUUCUCGGGACUGCCUCCCUGCGGUGACAGGGCAGGCACCUUGGCCCCACCUUCCACCUAGGCCUGGCCUCACAGGGCUGGCCCUGAAGCAGAGAGCUGAGAAUUAGCCUUUCCCCCAAAGCCUGCUCUGACGCACGUCUCCAGCGCCAGGGUUUUCUGCUUGGCUGGACUGUAGCUGCUGUCCCCACGUUGGAGCUGAGUCAACUAGGUCCCUACCCCACCUCAUCCCACGCCUCCCCAGGGACUGAGAACUGCUCAGGGACACUCAAAGAUCGAAAGUCCAGCUCCAACUCAUUUAUCCUUCCCCCAGGUCCACGAAGAGAGGCAUCUCAUUCUAGAACGUAUGAGGCAGAAAGGAUCUCAGAAUAUUACCUCUAACCCAGUGUUUCCUAACCUGUCCAACCAUGAUCAGAUCUAGCCUUUCGUAGACGGGCUUGCUCAAGGUCACCCGUGAACCAGGCGGUGGCUGGAGUAGAGCCCAGCCCAGCGCCUUCCUCCCCCGUCCCCCUCCUGCCUCAUGCUGGGACAAUCAAUGGAUUGUCCUCUUCUUGCUCCAGUCUUCCAGUGACAGAGGGGACAGUGAGGUGGGAAUCUAGAGACAGGCCUGGGCUGUAAAGGCCACAUUGACCUUGGUUUGCCCUAGGACACACCCAUUUUACUUGAGUGAUUUCCAGCCAGAAAACUGACUGGCAGGGCUGGUAAGAGAGAAUGGGGUGGAAAUGGCAUUAGGGGGCUGGACCCUGUGGCCAAGUCUGGUUUGAAGAGUCAAGUACCACCUGAUCUGGGUCUGGUGGUAUUAUGGUACCUUAAUAUCAAAUCCAAUUUUGCCUUCUCAACUUCAGAUCCAGGCUGAGGGACGGUCUCAGCACAAGGCCAGGCUGAAAUACCUGGCGAUGGGAGGUGUUGGCAGGGCUGAGUGAUAAAAACUAAUUCUGCUUGGGCUGUUGUUGCCAGGGGGACCAGUACUGGAGCCUUCAGGGAGCGGAUCUAAUCCUCAGAAUGAGCGGCCAGGGCUCUGCUCCAAGCCUCCCUGCUUGGCUUGAUGCAAGUCUGGCAGCCCUUCAUCUCCCAGCAGCUCAGGAGAACAGAAUGGGCAGUCAGAUGAGGUCUGGGCUGGCCACGCCCAGGACCAAUCCCAUGGCAGCUCAAGGGCUUCUGCCCAGCCCAGCCCAGCAGCUGCUGUGUGACUCAUGGGGGUAGAAGGGACAGAAAAUAAAGGGCCCACAGCCCAAUGCCUUGGGUACCAGA